GCUUGCGCGCCCAACGGACCAGGCUGGGGCAGUGAGGUAACUGUUGCAGCCAGCGGAGCUGGGAGGCGACACCGAGUCUCCAGUCCGGAGAGGUGCCCGAGGGAAAAGGACGCGGCAGCACAACGGGUCCCGGAGAGAAGCCCCUUCCGUCCCUCUCUUCAGCCAGUAUGUCCCGGAAUCCGCCGCUACCCAGUCCGCGCGGCGGGGAUUCCGGGCCGAGGCGGCGGGCGCAGCCCUGACGCGUUGUGAGUCGGGGGCGCCCCGGACGCUGGGGCUGGGGUCUGGGAACGCGAGCGGCCGCUACGGUACGAACGGGGUGUGCUGAACCCCGUGACCACCCCCGGCCCCGGCCAUGAGGAGGGACGAGAGAGACGCCAAAGCCAUGCGGUCCCCGCAGCCGCCGGAUGGGGCUGGCUCGCCCCUCGAGAGUCUGAGGAACGGCUACGUGAAGAGCUGCGUGAGCCCCUUGCGGCAGGACCCUCCGCGCGGCUUCUUCUUCCACCUCUGCCGCUUCUGCAACGUGGAGCUGCGGCCGCCGCCGGCCUCCCCCCAGCAGCCGCGGCGCGGCUCCCCCUUCGGCCGGGCGCGCCUCUCGCUGGGCGCCCUGGCCGCCUUUGUCCUCGCCCUGCUGCUGGGCGCCGAACCCGAGAGCUGGGCUGCCGGGGCCGCCUGGCUGCGGACGCUGCUGAGCGUGUGUUCGCACAGCCUCAGCCCCCUCUUCAGCAUCGCCUGUGCCUUCUUUUUCCUUACCUGCUUCCUGACCCGGACCAAGCGGGGACCCGGCCCGGGCCGGCUCGGCGGCUGGUGGUGGCUGCUGGCGCUGCCCGCCUGCUGUUACCUGGGGGACUUCGUGGUGUGGCAGUGGUGGUCUUGGCCUUGGGGGGAAGGCGACGCAGGGUCCUCGGUCCUGCACACGCCCCCAGAGGCGGCGGCGGGCAGGUUGCUGCUGGUGCUGAGCUGCGUGGGGCUGCUGCUGACGCUCGCACACCCGCUGCGGCUCCGGCACGGCAUCCUGGUGCUGCUGCUGGCCAGCUUCGUCUGGUGGGUCUCCUUCACCAGCCUCGGGUCGCUGCCCUCCGCCCUCAGGCCGCUGCUCUCCGGCCUGGUGGGGGGUGCUGGCUGCCUGCUGGCCCUGGGGUUGGAUCACUUCUUUCAAAUCAGGGAAGCGCCGCUUCAUCCUCGGCUGUCCAGUGCCGCCGAAGAAAAAGUGCCUGUGAUCCGACCCCGGAGGAGGUCCAGCUGUGUGUCGCUAGGAGAAACUGCAGCCAGUCACUAUGGCGGUUGCAAAAUUUUCAGGAGACCUUCGUUGCCUUGCAUUUCGAGAGAACAGAUGAUUCUUUGGGAUUGGGACUUAAAGCAAUGGUAUAAGCCUCAUUAUCAAAAUCCUGGAGGCGGAAACGGAGUUGAUCUUUCAGUGCUAAAUGAGGCUCGCAAUAUGGUGUCAGAUCUUCUGAUUGAUCCAAGCCUUCCACCACAAGUUGUUUCCUCUCUACAGAGUAUCAGUAGCUUAAUGAGUGCUUUCUCAGGUUCCUGUAGGCCAAAGAUUAAUCCUCUCACACCAUUUCCUGGAUUUUAUCCGUGCUCUGAAAUAGAGGACCCAGCUGAGAAAGGGGAUAGAAAACUUAACAAGGGACUAAAUAGGAACAGUUUGCAAACUCCACAGCUGAGGAGGAGCUCAGUUACUUCAGGACUGCUACCUGUUGAACAGUCUUCAAGGUGGGAACGUAAUAAUGGCAAAAGGCCUCACCAAGAAUUUGGCAUUUCAAGUCAAGGAUGCUAUUUAAACGGGCCUUUUAAUUCAAAUCUACCGCCUAUCCCGAAGCAAAGGUCAUCUUCCAUAUCACUGACUCACCAUUUAAGUCUGCGAAGAGCUGGUAUUUUGUCCAGUCUGAGUCCUGUGAAUUCUCCCAACCAUGGAACAGUGUCUGCUGGCUCUCUAACUAAUCGAUCACAUAUAGAAUUUCCUGAUACUGCUGAUUUUCUUAAUAAGCCAAGCAUUAUUUUACAGAGAUCUCUAGGCAAUGUACCCAAUACACCAGAUUCUUUUCAGCAGCUUGGAAAUCCUGAUAGCAAUCUGUGUAACAGCUGUGGACAUCAAAUACUGAAAUAUGUUUCAACAUCUGAAUCAGAUGGUACAGAUUGCUGCUGUGGAAAAUCAGGUGAAGAAGAAAACAUUUUCUCACAAGCAUCAUUCAAACUUACGGAAACUCAACAAGAAGAGGAAACGGAGAAGAAAGACAGCAGAAAAUUACUUCGGGAAGGUGAUAAUUGGCUAACAGAAGAGGCACAGAAUGAACAGCAAACAAAUAUUGAACAGGAGGCAUCACUGGACCUGAUUUUAGUAGAAGAGUAUGACUCAUUAAUAGAAAAGAUGAGCAACUGGAAUUUUCCAAUUUUUGAACUUGUAGAAAAGAUGGGAGAGAAAUCAGGAAGGAUUCUCAGUCAGGUUAUGUAUACCUUAUUUCAAGACACUGGUUUAUUGGAAAUAUUUAAAAUUCCCACUCAACAAUUUAUGAACUAUUUUCGUGCAUUAGAAAAUGGCUAUCGAGACAUUCCUUAUCACAAUCGUAUACAUGCCACAGAUGUCCUACAUGCAGUUUGGUAUCUGACAACACGGCCAAUUCCUGGCUUACAGCAGAUCCACAAUGCUUGUGGAACAGGAAAUGAAACAGAUUCUGAUGAUAGAAUUAACCAUGGGCGAAUUGCUUAUAUUUCUUCGAAGAGCUGCUCUAUUCCGGAUGAGAGUUAUGGCUGCCUGUCUUCAAACAUUCCUGCAUUAGAAUUGAUGGCUCUCUAUGUGGCAGCUGCCAUGCAUGAUUAUGAUCACCCAGGGAGGACAAAUGCAUUUCUAGUGGCUACAAAUGCCCCUCAGGCAGUUUUAUACAAUGACAAAUCUGUUUUGGAAAACCAUCAUGCUGCGUCAGCUUGGAAUCUAUAUCUUUCUCGCCCAGAAUACAACUUCCUUCUUAAUCUUGAUCAUGUGGAAUUCAAGCGUUUUCGUUUUUUAGUCAUAGAAGCAAUCCUUGCCACAGAUCUUAAAAAGCAUUUUGAUUUUCUUGCUGAAUUCAAUGCCAAGGCAAAUGAUGUAAAUAGUAAUGGCAUAGAAUGGAGGAAUGAAAAUGAUCGCCUCUUGGUAUGCCAGGUGUGCAUCAAACUGGCAGAUAUAAAUGGCCCAGCAAAAGUUCGGGACUUGCAUUUGAAAUGGACAGAAGGCAUUGUCAAUGAAUUUUAUGAGCAGGGAGAUGAAGAGGCAAAUCUUGGUUUGCCCAUCAGUCCAUUCAUGGAUCGUUCGUCUCCUCAACUAGCAAAACUCCAAGAAUCUUUUAUCACCCACAUAGUGGGUCCCCUGUGUAACUCCUAUGAUGCUGCUGGUUUGCUACCAGGUCAGUGGAUAGAAGCAGAAGAGGAUGAUGAUACUGAAAGUGGUGAUGAUGAAGAUGGUGAAGAAUUAGAUACAGAUGAUGAAGAAAUGGAAAACAAUCUAAAUCCAAAACCACCAAGAAGGAAAAGCAGACGGCGAAUAUUUUGUCAGCUAAUGCACCACCUCACUGAAAACCACAAGAUAUGGAAGGAAAUCGUAGAGGAAGAAGAAAACUGUAAAGUUGAUGGGAAUAAACUGCCGGGGGAGAACUCCUCCUUACCUCAAGCAGAUGAGAUUCAGGUCAUUGAAGAAGCAGACGAAGAGGAAGAGCGACAGUUUGAGUAAAAUAAAUCAUAUUGAAGAAGCCCAGAGGGCUGUGCCCAGGGGCAGAAAUCAUUGCCUAGUGGUCACCGGCUGACUUUUAACUGACCAUUCCCACUUGGACAGGCCUUAAUACUGUGAGAGGAUCCUUGCUCUGCUGGCAGUUUCCCACUCCUAUGCACUUUCACAUGAACUAGAAAACUAUUCUUAAACCAAGAAUACCAUCCAUGUGGACCCAUGUUGCAGAGUCCUUAAAUCCUUCACUGGUGUAUGAAUACUUUGCCGUAAUGCUGCUUUGCUGAGUAGUGAGCUCUUAUUUUUCAUUGGGGGUUAGGUAUAACUAAAAACUCAAGUGACUUAUUUCAAUUACCCAAGUGGCCAGAACUUUUUGCAUUUAUGAAAAUAGAUUCAUAUUGUAUUUCCCAAUGUGUCUUUUAUGUCUUUGAAUGUUUUGAAAAAAAGUCUAUGCCUGUCUAAAAAUGAAUCCAGUGUUGCCUUUCUGAGGGAUUUCUGCUCAAUGCAAUACACUGUUCAGUGCUACUCUCCCAGCUAGGUUUAUCCAUGAAGGACUGAGAAACCUUUGUUAUAGUUAACAAAAUCCAGGUGCAUCAAUUUCUGAUGCUUUUUACUAUUAUCUACUAUGUGUGCUUUAUUUUUACUGAGAGUAUUCAGGUUUGCCAUGGACAUCAGAAGUUUGAAUUCCAGUCUUACCUUCUUUAUGUUCCAUGGCUGAAUUUCAAAGCUGUUUAGGUUUAAAAUGAAGGGGUUUAUUCUUUAGUCAUAACUGUUAUUUUUACUCUUGCUCAGGAUUUGCAUUUUUAACAUUUAGUUAAUGUAAACACAGCACAGAUUUGUCAGUAGAAAAAAAAAAUUGUCCUAAUACCAAGGUUAACCUUUUAUGAAAUCAGCAACAUUUUCUCUCUUAGAUGAAUUUGAGAGUAAUUAAAACCAAGGGAAAGGAGAUGUCCGUCUUUUGCCUCAAUGCAAAAUCAAAUGAAAUUAAUCUCAUCAAAGAUAAAGAAUAAAGAAAUGUAGUGAGCCCUAAAGGACACAGACAUUGAAUAAAUAACUGGAAUAUGUGGUUAUCUUUAGAUCCAUAUCUUAGUUGUCAUUUGUUUAGUUACUGUAAAACUGACAUUCAUCUUUCUGUUAAUUUCCCUUUGCCUCAAGACUGCAUGACAGAAAUGACCAUUAUUUCUGAGACCCAACUGCAAGACUGAUUGCUGAAAUCAAGUAAAGAAUUGGAAUACUUGUUUUUCAUAUACAAAAUCUAAAUACGUUAAUACAUCAUUUCAUACAAAAGUACAUUAUUAAAUAACCACAUUAUUAAGAUAAUUGCAAGAAAAUGGACCAUAUUUACAAUGUUUUGUAAACUUACUAGUGUGUGGAUAUGUACCCUAGUUAUGAAAUACAUUUGAAGAUAUAAAGAGCAGCCAAAAUGAUAGAAAAAUGGUAGACUAAUAUUUUCUAUUAUUAUUGGAGACCAUAUCAUAUUUUGGAUUCAUGCAAUUUUGCACACAGUGAAACCAUUAAUUUUCCAAGGUAAUUCAUUUAAAGUAUUGUAUUAACAUGCGGUUUCUUACUUAUCUAGAAUAUUUGGCUUAUCUGAAAGAGAUCAAUUUAAGAUCUCUGGAGGUAUUAGAACUUUUGAUUCUUCACAGUGUUAAUACUUAAUGAAUCACUGAGCUUUAUUUAUUAGACAUGUUGAAUGAGGGCUGAGUUCGUUCCUGCCACUUUUGUUACCAUUGCCACACACAAUUUGUAAACCAGUCCUACCAUAUAUUACUAAUUAAUAAAAUUUCAACUGAUAACUU